AUGCACCUCAACACACGGAACCUCCUCCUCCUCCUGCUCACCAGCAGCACCGCGCUCGCCUCCACCGUCCCGCCCCCGCGCUCCGCCACCGACCUCAAGACCUCCGCCGGCACCGUCGACGCCCCCGUCGACGGGCUCGACGGAAAGCCCCACACGGGCCCGGGCCUCUACCCUGAGCACUCGGACAAGAAGGGCACUGGCGAGGUGGGCGUCAGUGGCGGCGGCAGCAGCGUCGACAUAAAGAAGCCGCCGCCGCACACGGGGGAGCAUGAGAUUGUGGACAUCGAGGAUCCGGCGGAGGGGGAUGAAUCUUCGCUAUCACUCAAGAAGGGCGCUGGAACCGCCAGCGACGACGACGACGACGACGACGACGAAGGCUCUUCGUCCCCCGUGUCCAGCUCCGGCCACAAGGAAUACCAAUCCCAGACCGACACGCUCGCCGACCCCCCCGCGGCCGCCCAGCCGCACCUCUCCCCGCAGGACGACGACGAUGGCGCCGCAGGCGGCAUCUCCCAGCCCCUCCACUCCUUCACGCUGUCCUUCGUCAUGAUCAUCUUCUCCGAGAUUGGCGACAAGACCUUCCUGAUCGCCGCGCUGAUGGCAAUGAAGCACCCGCGGCUGCUCGUGUUCUCCGCCGCCCUGGGCUCCCUCAUCGUCAUGUCCAUCCUGUCCGCGCUCCUCGGCCACGCCGUGCCCACGCUGCUGCCAAAGAACUUCACCAACUUCCUCGCCGCCGGCCUGUUCCUCGUCUUCGGCGUGCGCAUGGUGCUGGAAGGCCUCAAGAUGGAGAAGGGCACCGCCAACGUCCAGGAAGAGAUGAAAGAGGUCGAGCAAGAGCUCGAAGAAAAGGCCACCCACAGCAGCGCCAGCGCCCGCUCCCUCGAAGGCGGCCUCAUCGCCUCGCCCCGCGGCUCCAACACGCACGCGCUGCGCCGCUCCACCUCCUCGCCGUCGCUCUCCGACAGCGACGAGGACGACUAUGCGCGUGCCCGCGGCCGCGGCAAGGCGCAGAACACGAGGGUUACCAGCCUGGAGGGGAUUCAGAAUCUGGCCGGGUUGUUGCUGAGUCCUGCGUGGGUGCAGACGUUUGUGAUGACGUUUUUGGGCGAGUGGGGGGAUCGCUCGCAGAUUGCGACGAUUGCGAUGGCGGCGGGGCAGGAUUAUUGGUAUGUGACGAUUGGAGCGAUCUCCGGGCAUGCGAUCUGUACGGGUAUUGCGGUGAUAGGAGGACGCAUGUUGGCGAUGACCCUCGGUGGUGCGGCGGCGUUUUUGGCGUUUGGGGUUAUAUACCUAGGGGAGGCACUUUUUUACGGGUCUUCGUAG